GGGGCGCGGAACCGGAGCUGCCUGCCCGGGACGGGGAAGGGCUGCGGGGCCUGACGCUCUGCACUGCACGGGCGCUGCAGGGAGUUUUGGCAGAGGUGCAAGCUGUUCUCUAACUUAGCUGCGGAGUAGAGACGGACAGACACCAUGGCAGAAAAGGUGAACAAUUUUCCUCCACUCCCAAGAUUCAUCCCCUUGAAGCCAUGUUUCUACCAGGAUUUUGAUGAUGACAUUCCACCACAGCAUCGAACCUUGGCCAAGCGCCUUUACUACCUCUGGAUGUUGAACAGCAUCACCUUGGCAGUGAAUCUGAUUGGCUGCCUCGCAUGGCUGAUUGGAGGCGGUGGAGCUGUUAAUUUUGGACUGGCAAUUCUCUGGCUCCUUCUCUUUACACCCUGCUCCUAUGUCUGCUGGUUUAGACCUAUUUACAAAGCCUUCAAGACAGACAGUUCUUUCAGCUUCAUGGCUUUCUUCUUCACCUUCAUGGCCCAGCUGGUGAUCAGCAUUAUCCAGGCAGUGGGGAUCCCUGGCUGGGGAGUCUGUGGCUGGAUUGCAGCAAUAUCCUUCUUUGGGACCAACGUGGGUGCAGCUGUGGUGAUGCUUAUCCCCACCAUCAUGUUUACAGUCGUGGCAGUCUUCUCCUUCAUUGCCCUCAGUAUGGUGCAUAAAUUUUACCGGGGCAGCGGAGGGAGUUUCAGCAAAGCGCAAGAAGAGUGGACCACGGGAGCUUGGAAGAACCCGCAUGUACAACAGGCAGCGCACAAUGCGGCAGUCGGUGCUGCACAAGGGGCCACGAUGCAGCAUGAAACACCGUAUUCUGCCACCCCUAACUACACCUAUUCCAAUGAGAUGUGAUCAGAAGACUCUGUCCUGAGGGGUGGGAGAGAGGGAGAAUACUGCUGAGCCAAGUCUGUGUAAGCAUUUCAACAAGGGAAGUGUAAGAUACUUGAUUUUUCCCUCUACUCUAGAACAGGGUAUUUUUUGUUUGUUUUUUUCUGAUUCUCUUUUCUCAUUUUGAAGAAGCUGUGAGUUGACCUGCAGGACACUUGUGCUGUGCAGUAGUAACUGUGUGCUUGUGUUCCCCCGUGAAGUAGUGUACGGUGGUGAUUUUUAAAUUACUGUGGUGAUAGGUGUAUGUUUAUAACAUCAGCAAAAAAAAAAAAAAACCAACAAGCUCACUAAAAUGUCAAGAGCAAAACUGAAGAUCCCUGACAACUUGGGAGUUCCAGUGGCUAAUACUUCCAGUUGCUAAUGUGUGGUUAGUAGUGGCAGCCUCUAGCGAGGACUGGUACCAGUUUAUCCAAUCCCAGGAAUUCUCCUUUUUCUUGUAGCAGGUUACUAGCUGAUUUAGCACUUAAAUUCUCUGAAGCCAGUCCAUAUCCUCCCUCCUAGGUUCAGAGAAAACAGGUUCUCCUAACACAUGGUGUUGUAAUAAUUUAUUCUUCGAUGUAUUGUGAGGAAUACAGUAUUGGUGUGUAACUGUACAGCAAGAGCCCCAAGGCAAUGCUGGGAAUUUGCCCUGUUGAAUUGUAGCGGACCUUCCCAUUAGUGUGAAACUUUGGUACAUUCCAGAAGCUCCGGACUGAGUUCCAUGCUCUGAGCCAUAUAUUUUUAAGGUGUUCCGGUGGGGAAAAGUGAUUGUAAAAUUGGCGCUGUGUUUUUCAACAGAUCUACUCUUCGGCAUAGUAAGGGCCAAAUCUUGUUACUAGACACAUUGCUUCAAUGGUAUUGCUUAUGUUGUAAAUAGUGUGAACAGAAUUUGGCCCUAUAAAUUAUCAUCUGCUGGUGUUAGGCUCCUUUGAAAACCAGAGCCUAAGGGAAUGAAGUGCCCAACUUCCCUUGAAAUUCAGUGGGAUCAGGCUUGCUUGCAAAUCCCAACCUUAAUGUCCAAGAAGUGUUUACUCCUGUUGGCCCUGAAAACCCCAUACAGCUAGGGGAGAGCGAGUUGGAUUCAGAUGUCAUGCACUUUGUCAGUGCAGUGGUCAACUAAACUUGCACUGCACAUUUGCUGAUACAAAAUGCAGAAGAAAACAACAACUUCAAUUGCAGAUCCUGGCUGGAAUUUACGGCCCUGGCGGUUAAAAGAAAAUGGAUGUUACUGGGAAGGAAUAGGGGUGAAAUAUGCUUAUUUUUAGAGAGAGACAUUUUAGACUUUGAAUGCACUUUAAGUAGGGAGGCCAGAUUUUCUCCAAACCAUAAUCAGAAAUUAGUUCAAAUUUAAUCUAAUCUGGCCCCUUUGAUCAAGUGUCUCCUUUCUUCCCUGAUCAAUGCUCCCCAAAGUCUUAAACAUGUAGCAGGCAAAUGGUGGUCCUGUAAUUUAGCAACCCAACAUUCCACAGCUUAUUAGUUUUCUAGUUGCCCUGCUUUUCAGGCCAUCAAAACCCCAUCUCUUAGCUGUCUAAUAAUGUCUGUAUAUGAAAUAUAUAUGCAAGAAUUAUGCCAAUAUGAAUGAUUUUUUUCCAGCAAAGCCAACCAAGAAUAAAGAAGUUUCCUUUUUAAGGAUGCAACUUAAAUAAUUCUGCAGCAGCCAGUUGUCUUUUGACAAGGCUGUGAAAUAAAGGUAUGAUAAAAAUGUAUAUAUCUUAUGGAGGAAAGGAAGCCUUCACUGAGCCUAUUAUAUACUUAAUCAGAUUUUAAAUAUUGUGCAAUUAAUUAUAGCUAGUCUAAAAUGUAUUCUACCAAACCUUGUGGUCUGUUAGUCCCCUGGUUGAGAAUGUACAAAUUAACAGUGAUUAUUUCGCCUUCUGUAUUUAUUGUAAGAAAGACAAGCUAUUAAAACAAGCAGUAACACAAACA